UCUUCUUCUGAUCUGCCAUAGGCAAACAAACAGCAAUCGCAGGUGCUCAGCUGUGCAGGCGCCGUCCUCGUCUCCACAAAAAGCCAAACCCCUUUUUUUGGCAGAUUCAUCAGCCUUACUUUUCUUUCAUUCGUAUAUACCCACACCCAGUCGUACGAUCGGAUAGUAGUAGUAGCAGUUGCUCUCCCUCCAUCACUUAAUUCAUCUGUCGUCUCUGUUCUCUCCAUCUCCCCCACCCACACAUUCUCUCUGGCUCCAUCCGAGACAACAAAAAUGGCGUCGGAGGAUUCGCAGCAGCUUCUGAUAUCUUUGCCUGGGUGGCUGGCUGCUCUGUUGAAGGAGAAGUUCUUCAGCCCCUGCUUUGUUCAUGAAGAAGAGAGGAAGAACGAAAAGAACAUCUUUUGCUUGGAUUGCUGCGAGGCCAUUUGUGCCCAUUGCUUGUUCCCUCUUCAUCACUCUCACCGUUUCUUGCAGAUUCGGAGGUAUAUCUACCAUGAUGUUCUCAGGCUCAGAGAUGCCCAGAAAUUGCUCGACUCUGCUUUUGUUCAGUCUUACAUCAGCAAUGGAGAAAAGGUGAUGUUCCUGAAGGAAAGGCCAAUCACAAGGCCUUGCAGAAGCUCGGCCAAACCAUGCAUCACCUGCCAGAGAGCAGUUCAAAACCCCUUCGGUUUUUGUUCCAUCUCCUGCAAGCUUCAGCACAUGGUGAAAACAGGGGCGAAAUUGUCCGAUUACAUCCGCAACAACUGGGACUCACUGGUUCUGCCGGAGGCGGCGGCGGGGGACGAUGCCCAGAUGACGCCGGAGACUGUUCUCGAGCCGGCGGCUUCAAGCAGCGCGGAGUCCGCUUCAAGUGUUAGCGCCGGCGGCGGCGGAUUGAUGGACUGCCGCCGUAUUCUUGCUAGCUUAGCCGCGACGGCGGAGAUAGUGAGGAAGAAGCGGAGCAGUCUGUCGUCGUCUUUCCGGUGCUCGCCUCGUCCGGCGACGGUGCCGGUGAACAUGAGGAAGAACCAGAGGAAGACGGGUAUGCCGUACAGAUCUCCACUCCAUUGAUCCUGUUGAUGAUUAAUUGAGGAUGGUAGAGAUUAGUGAUGACGUUUACAGAAAAAUGGUGGGUUUAACAGAUUAUAAAGGAGAUUGCUAAUCCUUUUUGUUGUUGCUAUGAUUAGAUCGAAAAAUUAAUUAGAUAGAUCUUAACAUUGCAGCAGGAGCCAGUAGAGACUAGAGAGUUUGUAUUUUUGACGUCAUUGGAUUAAUUAAAACUCUCUUAGCACCCGCAGUAAUUGUUAUCAAGGAAUUAUAUUUUGCAGAUUUAAUGUGGAUUAUUAACCCAUUUAUGUGGUUUAUUAAAAAAAACAUUUAUGAGGUGAAGUUGAAAGCUAGCAUAGGCUCAUAGCAAAAACUAUGCUGCCGUAUGAGUUUGAGUUUUACAUUGUAUCUUCCC